AUGGAAUUUCAUCAAAGUCAACCUAUUGAUGAGACUCAAUUGAAGGUAACAUCGGCUCAAAGUCCUUUCCCAGAUAGUCAACUUUGUUCAUCACCUUCAAGCAACGAGACAAUGUGCACUGAGGUGCAGCUUCCAAUUUCGCAAAGCCAUACCGUUACUCCCACUGUGGCAAACAACGAAGAAGUCGAGUGCACAGGACCAGGACUAUGGCCACAGGUAAUAGACAGAACUGAAAUGGAUCCGGUAUACAAAUGUCCAGCUUGUAAUUUGAUACUGAAUCGUCCCGUUCAACUUAAAUGUGGUCAUCGUCAAUGUCACUUUUGUAGAAGAUCUGCAGAAACUGAGGCAAUAAUAUGUUCUACUUGUCAUGAGGAAACAUCUGUUGAAGAUAUAAUAAUCGAUGAACUUCUUAUUCAAGAAAUAAACGAGUUGCCAAUAAUUUGUCCACUUUGUACUUGGUCAGGUUCAUACAGAAAUUAUAAAGAACAUAUUGAAACCACUCAUCCGUGGAAAUGCAACAAAUGUUCUGCAACCUUUACCAUAGUAGAAAGAUUAAUACAACACCAACAGCUAGAAUGUCCAGCAACUUUUGUCAAGUGUCCAUUAUAUAGCUAUGGAUGUGAACAAUUGUUUCCUCUAAACGAAACAAGAGCUCAUACUAUCAGUGAUGUCCAUAUUGAUGCUUUGAGAUAUGCAUGGAACUGCUGUAUGUGUACUAUUGAAACUGCUCGAGAAGAUAUGAAAAACAAUUAUCAUCACAGUGAAGCGUCAAUUUCUUCAAUAAAUAAUGAGGAACUAGAGAAACUUUAUUCAAAUAUUCAAAUAUUAACUGAACUCUUAUGUGAUCUAAAUUCAUCAAAGUCCACAAGUCAUUCAUCUCAUGAUACCGACCCAUAUGCAUCAAUUAAUAAUGAUAUUUGUAUUAAUGAUUAUUUCACGCAACAUGAAAAUCUUACUAUGAACUUUAAUCCAAAUGAUUCCGACAAUCUAACAUCACUCUCGCAACACUCUGCUUACAACAACCAUAGGAUGGAUGAGCUCAAAGAUGACAUUCAACGGCUUUCUGAAAAUCAACCGACCAAUGAUUUAAAUGGCAAUGUACAAAGCCAAGAGACACCAUCAACUAACGAAAGAUGUCAACAAAAUCGUGAAGUAAAUAUCAUGUAA